CUCGCUUAUCAGUACUCUUCCCAUCUUAAUGCACAAUGCAAAGAUUUAGAUAAAAAUUUUCUUAUCGGCUGAGAUCAUUAGUCUUUCAGUUGCCUUCAGAAUGGAAGCACGUAAAUUGUCUACACACGUACUGGACACUUCAGUGGGCCAAGCAGCUGCCAAUGUGAGGGUAACCCUUUCCAGAUUGGACGAGAUCCAGGAGUGGAGAUCACUCCGAGCGGCACAAACUGAUUCGGAUGGUCGCUGCCUGCUUUUGGAGCCUGGUCAAUUUUCCAGCGGAAUCUACAAGCUGACUUUUCACGUGGGCGCCUACUUUGCAGAGCGUAAUGUGAGGACUUUAUACCCGGCUAUUGAAAUAAUUGUGGACUGCAGUGAGAAUCAGCACUAUCAUAUUCCUUUGUUGCUUAAUCCCUAUGGUUAUUCUACCUAUCGUGGAACAUAAAAACAAUGCAAAAAAAAUCAAGGCAAAACUACACCCAAAAAAUAAUAAAUAAGAUGUACUGAAACACAAAAGCACUUUAAUUAUAUGUUUUCUUUCGAAAGUGCAAUAAAAAUCGCAGUAAGGCAUUUCUUUUUAACAA